AAAGACUUAACUACAAUGCGAAAUUCUGAUCGGGCUUCAUCCAGUUCAUCAUCCAGUACAGAUUCAGAAACUGAACUGCAUACCUGUUUAUCGUUGUCACGACGGCAACGUUUUCAAAAGUUGUCAAAAGAACGACGUGAAUGUCGAGAAACGUUUGCAACACUUCGACGUUUAGUGAAUGCACAAGAAGGCCUUACACAAUUGGAAUUACUACAAAAGAUUAUUGACUAUAUUUCAGAAUUACAGGCAGUGUUGAACAGAAAUGAUCGAGAUAUGAAAGAAGACAAGGAAAAUUAUGAGACUGUUCAGUUGCUUGCCAAUCAUUCACGAAAUUGUGCUGCGGUUUCGCUGAACAGCAAAGAAUUUCAACGUGAAUUAAGACGAAUAAACGGAUAG